AAUCUCUGUGAUAUGAAAUCCGUGACUGCGAUGUGCGAUCAAGGCUGUGUCAGUGGAAUUUUGUAGUGAUGUGGAACUUUGUUUUAGUGAAAAUAUGACGAAAAUAUAUUUAUUAACGAAUAUUGUUAUAGUAUCAGCAAUAAUUGCUAUUUUUGCAAUAACACGGUGCGAUGGGGUUAUUUCGGAUAAACGGUUAUGUUACGAUGAGAAAUGCAAUGAACCUGUCUCGUUGGCCCGAACUUUGCUUCGUUACAAUGGCAUCGAACCGUUGAUGCUUUCUUUCCCUCCCAAUGUAGAGGUCAGAAUCUACAGUAAAGAAGCUGGAAGUCGACUAGACUUAUGGGGUGCCGAGGUACACGGUAAGCGUGGUUACUUACCAAAACACAUGGUAAGGGAACAGAAAAUUUUGAAAACCAAUUUGACUUAUGAAGUGCCUACCGAACUCUUUCAACAAGAAGUUAGUGCAACUGAUCAAACUAAAGUAGAUGUUCUGCAACAAGAAGUUGGUACCGAUAGCCAAUCUCAAGGACAUGUUCCACAGCAAGAAGUUACUACGACUGAUGACACUAAAGUAGAUGUUUCGCAACAACAAGUUAGUAUCAAUGAUCAAUUUGAAGGAAAUGUUCAACAACAAGAAGUUGGUAGCAAUGAUCAAUUUCAAGAAAAUGUUGCACAGCAAGAAAUUAUUCCGACUGAUGAAACUAAACUAGAUGUUCCACAACAAGAAGUUACUACCAAUGAACAAUUUCAAGAAUCAGUUUCACAACAAGAAGUUGAUACAAAUCAUGAUACCGAAAUAAAUGUUCCAAGUCAACCAGAAAUUCAAAAGGAUUCCGAAAAGGUUGAUUUUCAAACAAAUGGGCCUGCAGAUGAAUUGCAAGUCUCAAAGAAUGUUGAAAAUGUAGAAAUUGAAGCAAAUGGGGCUGUGAAUAAAUUAGAAACCUCAAAUGAUGCAGAAGAUGUAAAAUUUCUAGAAAGUCACGAAGAGUAUACUCCCACGGCUGAUUUUCUUCAAGCACUUGGAGUAAAAGCUCAUCAAGAAAAUUCAGAACAAGUGUUACAGGAUAUACAAAGUGCAACUCCAUCGUAUGAGGUUAUAGAUGGAACUAGAAUUCCGUUUAUAGCUGACCCAGUAUUAAUCAAACCCAGCUAUGUAGCAGAUCAAGGACCAAUUCUCAGUGUUCAUCCAAAUCCUUCAAUUGGCCAUCCUUUGACAUCCAGUCUGCCCGAUAGCCAAGAAACAGUUGAAGAGCAUUCAGGCGUAAACGAAAAUCUUGCAACAGAAAAUCAAAUUGGUGAAUCUGGUUCAAUGAACGAAUUUAUACCAACACAGGGAAAUGCAGAUAAUGCUGCAAAUCAACUGAAUGUCAACAAGGAAAGUAAAGCUGGAGAUGGUUCAGAGAUAAAAUUUCCGACUGAUGAAAUUUUCAGCGAUAAUAAUGAUACACCAAAGAAUACUGGGACAAUGGAAAAUCGUGUUGAUAAUUCUGAAAUGAAUGGCAAUGAAGGGAAAUUACUUCACUCUGAUACAGCUGCUGGCAGCUUUGUUAAUGAUCCACAAGGAAGUAAUCCUGGCGCAGAGGAAGAUAUUCCUGAUAAUAUAGUUAACAAUAAUUUUACACCAAAUGCAGUACCUUCACUGGAAACCGAUGAAGGUCUGCAUCUUGAAACUAUACAUCACAGCGAUGUGAUUGUGCCGGAAGUGAAUUUGGAAAGUAGUGGCAGUUAUCAAAGAGAAGCAGGAUUUCAUAACAGCACAUCUGACAUUGCGGUAGAUACAACUGUACUUGAUGGAAAUUUCUCAGAACAAGAUUCUCAAGAUUCAAAAGCACAAACGGAAUAUUUGUUAGACAGAAGUAUUAAUUUCAACAACCACGAAAUGGAUGGGCUUGGCAAUGUUGGGAAAACAAAUUUCGCAGGAAACCCUGAAAUUUCACCGAGUAACCAAAUAGAAAAACAAGAUGAUAAUCAAGUACCUUUUUACGCAAUGAGUGAUGUCGAAAAUUCCACUAGUCACAAUGCUAGUGAUGAUGAAGUCAAAACUGUAAUUGAAGAUGAUUCGCAGAAUAAUUUACAAGAAGUAGUAACAGAAAGCGCUGAUCAAGUGGAUGACCGCAACUUUGGCCAUCUAGAGGUAGUUACAGAGCCCUAUUCAAAUUUGGAAGAAGAAAAAUCAACAACCACCAGAAAUCUGUUAAUUCUUGAAGAUAACUCUCAGCAUUCCAAUGAUCAAUCAACCAUUGGUGGCUUGGACAUGAAUAAACCUGAUACCUUUGCAUCUCAAAUACCGCAAGAAAACGAACAUGAGAUAUACCAUGAAGCCGAUCUCUUAAUAGAAUCUACAGAAGAAGGUAUUUGGGCACAAUUUAGCAAAAUUCUACUAUUUGCUGGACAGUCCAGUAAUGCAGUGGCAUCGCCUGAAGUGUGUGAUAUUAAUUCCAACUGUCCUGAUUUAGAUAAUGAUGAAUCUUUUUCGAACUCGGAACAAGCUGCAGAAGACGGAGAUGUGGGAUCUGUCUAUGAUCAACAUAAUUACUUAGAGACACUAAUGUAUCUUGGUUUAACAGCUUUCACAACAUUGUUAUUUUCGCUCGGCUAUUAUUAUAUUGAGAACCAGAGACGUGAUAAAGAGCUUGUAGCUAAAAUCAAUACAUUUGAAAAGGAAUUGCUAGUCAUAACAAAAGAAAACCUGAUACUGGGUGAAGACUUGAAAACUACCAAAAACAAGUUGAAUUCCAUCGAAGAUGAAUCCUUUGGAUCUAAUGAAAUGGUGCUUUCGUUAAAAUCAGAGCUGGAAAUGGCACAGGUCACCAAAGGAGAAUUGGAGGACCAAAUUAUUACAUUGGAAAAGGAAUUAGAGAGUGCUACAGAAGCAGGUUUGGAACUAGAGCGUAUGUUACGUGAGUUUCUAGCAUCACAGAGUGAUGAUAAUCCACUGGCUCAAUCAGUGGAAGAUUUGCAAACUCGGUUAAAUGCUCAACAAGCUACAAAUGAAUCAUUGACCAACAGCCUCAAUCUCAAAUCCCAAGAGAAUGAAGUCCUAACUGCCGAGCUUGCCGUUACUCAAGAGAAGUACCAACAACUUGAGGUAGAAGUUACACAACUCACAGGAGAGUUAAAAGUUCAGAGAAACUUGAAAAAGAAUCUUGAAGAAGAUUUGACAAAUAAAAUUAUGCAGCUGAAUGAGCGAGUUGAUAAGCUUUCUGAAGAACGAGCCACUUUGAUCAAUCAGUUGACUUUGAAGGAAGUGGCAUUGAAUGAUCUCGCAGAAGUAAUGAAACAAAGUAACGAUAAAUUGGAUUUCAAGAAACUUUAUGACAUAUCCCACAUCAAGGCUGAUGCACAAGUCAUCACUAAAGAGAGAGAUGAGCUUAAAAUUAAACUAACCGAAGUGGAAGGAGCUCACCAGCUACUCGAGGAACACACGAAGCUAAUUAAAGAGGAAAUUGCUUCAGUUACGGAACAAUAUGAAUUGGCUGAACGUGAUAAAAUAGAAGCACAAACCCGACUUGAAGUGCUUUCAAAUUACUUUAAAGAAAAAGAAAGUCAAUUGCAAAAAGAACUUGGCAUGCAGGAAGCAAUGUGGGUGCAGAAGCAAGGUGAGGUAACUUCGACUGUUGACAGGAUACAAACGAUGCAGAAUGAAAUUCAGAAUUAUAGGCAACAAAUUGAGACCUUGAAGAGGGAAAUACUAGAUCAAGAACGGGAAUAUAAGAGUCAGAUUUCAGCCUUGGAAACAAAAUCGCAUGAACAAUGGGUAAUCGCUCGACAAAGUGAACGACGCUUGGAAGAAUCGAAGGCUGAAGCCAGCCAAUUACGAAAUCGACUGACCCUGGUGGAGAAAAGUAUAAAUGAAGUAGAUGCCGAUUCAAAAUUACAUCGCAUGGAGACGAAUGGAGAGACAGCAUCAUCCCCUCAAUUAUUUUUGGGAGCAGAGACAUCAAGUUCUCCUAUAUUGUUUACUGGUUCCUCAGGUAUUCCUCCCCCUAUACCCCCAUUCCCACCGUACCCUCCGUAUCCCGUUAUACCGGGACCGCCACAUUCUGGAGGGGGACCAAUGUACGAUAUUAGUAGGAGGCCUCCACCAUUAGGAGGACGUCUGUCUUCACCACCCCCAAUACCUCUUCCUCAUCCACCUGGUAGAUACGAAGAUGCCAGUUCUCCACCACCACCGCUUUCACCUCCGUUACAUCCCUCUUACAACCAUCGAUCACCGCCACCAUUUAGCAACGAACAUGCCCAUAUGUAUCAUCAUGGUCCGCCUCCUCCAUUUUUGCCACCUUUGGGAACUUUGCAUUCAUGGGGGGAUGAUAUAUUACCACCCACACGAAAUCCGGUUUUCCAUCCCCAUCAACGUGAGCAGCGUGUACGGAAUCACAAAGGACGCAAGCGCUUCUCUAAAGUAAGGCAGUUUUGGAGUACAAUGGAAGGAAAUAAUUCAAAAUAGAAUCUGUGGUUCGUUACAUUCUUCUGGAGACUCCCUGGACAAAUCAAAUCAUACUGGAAAAGCCUAAGCCUUUUGUCUUAUCUGGAACCAGAAAUACGUUUAAUAUUUCAUUCCAUAGAUUUCUUCCCGUUUAAUAAAAUGAUGCUAGUUCAAAUUUGAAUUAUGCAUUAUCAAUACUUUGAAGAACUUAUCCGUAAUUUGGAUGUGGCUAUGUUCGAAAAUUUUCGUCUGAGUAUGAUGAAAUUCGACUGUAGCAAAUUCGUACUUGCUGAUGUGUAGAUACCAAAUCACUUCAUGUAAGAGUUUUUGUGGAAAUACUAAAUAGCUUACACUACAUGGUUUCAGAAAAUGUUAUAGUCGAACGUUUCAAAGGAAAGCAGGUAUACAUAUUUAUAUAUAUGCGUAGAGAUAUGAACAUUUGUAUAAAAAUAAAAUGUGAUUAUUGAAA